AGUGUGUCCAUAAAACCCUCUUCUGAUUUUCUCGAAGAAGAAACAGAAAACAAUACACAGAAACAGAGAAAGAGUUUUGAUUGGUUAGCUAAGAAAAGAGAAAGAGAGAAAAACAAAAAGCUUUGGAAAAUGGAUUUGACACGUCCCUCUUCUGGUCAUGAUCAAGCAGAGGAUCCACUCAAGAUUCACCAUCCAGAGGAAGAAGAGCAACAUGAGAGCCGAGCAUCUAAAAUGUUUGGGAAAGUAAAGGCAAAAGCUAAGAAGUUGAAGAACAGACUUACUAAUCAUGGUGAUGAGCAAGAAAAUCACGAUGUAGUGGACGAAGAAGAAGAAGAUGAAUCUGACGAGCCAGAGCCAGAGCAAGAGAAGCAUCUCUCACCAGUGAAUGAAGUUCCCAAUGUGAGAAGCUAUAGAACGAGUCAACCUGAGUCUUUGACUCAUCCCGGAGAAACGGAGGAGAUCAUUCCAUCAGGGACGAAGGGUUCUUCAACUGAUUACACCGGACGAGUCGAACCUGAACCGUUACGAGAUGCUGCUAGUAGUUACGAACAUGAGGCACCGUCUUAUCCUGUAAGAACAUCAGACGUGUCGGAGGACAGGGAAGAGAGCAGAGGAGAGACUCAUCACGUGCCACUGAAGACUCCCGUCUCUCUGCUCUCCUCAACAGAGGAUGAGACGAGUCCUGGUGAAGAUGGGUUACUGGGUGGUCAACGGGAAGUCAACACAGAUAUGCCCACAAGAUUCGAGGAGGAACUGAGCGGUGGUGAAUCUACUUAUUAUCACACCCAACAAGGGAGUGGGGAAGCUGGAGAAGAUGAUCAGAAGAAGUCAGGACUAGGAGCUGAGCUAGGGUCCGAAUCUGGAAUAAAAAAGGAUUGGCCAGUUACAUUUGGUGGAGAAUCAGAAACGGACCUUCCGACAAGAAGCUUCGAAUCUGAAAUCGGCAGCGAUUCGCCGACCGUUUUUGGCGGGAAACCAGAAACUGGGCCGAGGGAUGAUUUUCCAGCGAGAAGCCAUGACUAUGAUCAGAAGAUCGAAUUUGGGAACGAUGGUGGAAAGCUAGGAACUGAUGAGCUGAGUGAAGAUUUUCCGGCGAAGAGCCAUGAAUUUGAACAGACGAUCGGAUCUGAGAUCGGCGAGGAUAACGGCGCGGGAAAAGCAGGAACUGAGCGGAGGGAAGAUUUUUUGGGGAAAAGCUAUGAGUUCGAUCAGGAGAUUGAAUCUGCAUUCGGCAAAGAUUCUCCCACGAGACUUCCCGGAGACGUGACAAGAAGUGAUGAUGAUACGAAAGUCGAGAUUGGGUUGGGAAGAGACUUGUCGACAGAAACAAUAACUGAUGAUCGCUUCUCACCAGAAUUUUCUGGUCCGAAAGAGAGAGAUGAUUUCGAUUCACAGGCUGAGCAGACAAGACAAGAGGUGAAACCCACCACCUACUCAGAGAUGAUUGGUUCAGCGACCGACGAAAAUGUCAAAGAAACUGCAUCACCUGUGACGACGAAGUUGCCUUUCUCUGGCGAUGGACGUGAAGCGGAUGAGGCAGAACAACGGGAAGACAAAUUUGUGCCGACUAGAGAUUAUCUGGAGGAGAAGCUGACACCUGAAGAAGAAGAAGACAAAGCCUUCUCUGAUAUGGUCGCCGAGAAAAUUAAUCUUGGAGGAGAGAAGCAGACAACGGUAAAGGAGGAAGUAGCCGUGGAGAAGAUCCCUUCAGACAAGUUACCGGAGGAGACGAAAAGCGGUGAGGCGGUUGAAGAGGAAGGGAAAGGAGGAGAAGGAGGGGGAAUAGUGGGGACGAUUAAAGGGGUGUACAAUUAUUGGCUCGGUGGUACGGAGGAGGUGAAGCCUAAAUCUCCAAAUUCAGUUGAUGAGUCAUCAUCACAACCACUUAGCUCCACCGUUGGGACUAAAGGAUUUUCGGAUUCUGGUGAAAGCGGGGCAGGCAGUACUACCGGAGAUGUGGCAGUUCAGAAACAACUUUGAGAAUUUGGGAACUAAGAUUUGGGGUUUGCUACUAAAUGAUGUUUGUGUUGUUGGUGUCUUUGUGUUGUCACUUGAAUGUAUUUUGAUGUGAUGUAAUCCUUAUUUGUGUGUUUAAAAGCAGUUUUUUUAA